AAAAUUUUCUUCAUUACCACUCUAAGCAUUUGUUCUAUCUGUUACAGUUUUUAUUUUUUAGUGUUAUUUAAUACAAUUUGAGUAUAUUUAACAAUAGAAUUUUGUCAUUUAAAGAGAAAUUAACUAUCAAGAUGAUGAAGUUACUUGUUUGUCUAUGUUUGAUGUUGGCUGCAAUCACCUUAACUAUGUCUGCAGUAGUUGGUGGUUACAACAAACUGAAAGUUGAUAGCGAGAUAGUUAAAAAUUUGACAAUAUUUUCUUUGGACCGAAUUACCCAACAAACUGGUUCUAACCGUACAUUAGCUGUAGCUAAAAUCGAAUCAGCUGAAUCUCAAGUUGUUUCUGGAUUAAAUUAUAAAAUUGGUAUGGUAGUUUGUGAACAAGACUCAGCUAAGGAAAACCAAUUAAUUAAUGAGGCAUGUCGCUUCUGUUGUAUAACCAUAUGGGAACAAUCUUGGUUAAACAGCACAAAAGUGACAAAUGUGAAUUGUUCAGAACCAGGAAAUCUUGAAUCAUUAUCAUCUGCAUCUUUAAAUAAAAUGGAAUAAUUACGAUAAUAAUACUAUAUAUAAUUUUUUUACUUGUAUUUAAAAAAUGUAAUAUUCCGUACAUAUGUACUUUUUAUAUUUGAAACUACAUACAAUUAUAAACGUUUAGACUUUU